UGAAGAAAAUAUUUCGAGCCAUACUCGAAAGUACGGCGUUUGAGCGUUUCCAAAAAUGUGGAAUUUCAGGAAAAAUUCAGGGAAUCUAUAUCGGCUAAAGAACGUUUUAUUGUCACUCUUCGUUUUCUGGCAACAGGAGACAGUUACAGAGCCCUUAUGUGUGAAUUUCGAAUUGCAGACAGUACUCUAUCACUUUUGAUUCCAGAAGUGUGCAAAGCUAUUGCUGGACUCGGGGAUGAAUUCAUAAAGUUUGUGUGUGCGUUUCGGAAACAGACUUACAUUGUGCUCCAAAGUAGGAAGACCGCGUCCGUCAUGAGGGGCAACACCAACCCGUGCAGCGUGUGCGACUACUGCGACGACUCGUGCGACGUGUGCCUGCACCAGGCGUACGAGGACACGGUCGCGGGGCGCUACCGCGAGGCGGCGGCGCCGAGCAGUGACGAGGAGGGCGCGUGGGGCGGGGGCGCCUCCACCGACGUGGACUCGGCCUCCGACGAGGAAGGCAGCUGGUUCACCACGCCCUGGUCGCAGCUCAUCACGCAGCGCGUGGCGGGCUACGAGGUGGACCCGGCCAUCGGCGUGCAGCUGGCGCCGCUCGAGGACGACGAGGACGGCGAGGACGAGCAACGCGCCAAGGAGGAGCGCCACCGGCGGUGGGCGGCGGCGCACGCGGAGGUCGAAGGGGACGGGGACGGGGACGGGGCGAGGGCGAGGGGGCGGCGCCUGCGGCGGCGGCGGCGGAGGCGGCGAGGGGACAGCCCCGCCGCAGCACCCGAACCGGCGCCGGCCGUCCUCGCAGAGGACGCCGCUGAGAAGGGGGCGGAGGACGCUGCCAACGGCGAAGUACCGGCCGCGAGUCCGGAUGGUGCCGAGCCAGCUGCCAACGACGAAGGACGGGCUGGAUUUAGCGACGGUGCCGCGCAGCCGGCCAGCACCCAAGUGCGGGAGGAGGGCGACGCCGCCGUGCCAAAAGACACACACAACAACAUGUGGCGGGCCACGGUGCACUCCUACGUUUCCGUGGUUAGUGUAAGU